AUGGCUACUCCUCCUGUACUCGCUUUCGAUGCUGAGGGCCGCCCAGUGAAGUUCGACACCUGGCUCGAUGACCUCCACCUCUUCCUACAGCUCACUGCCAAGGAGGACAUCUCACUGUACGAUCACGCCCUAGGCCAUGCUACUGCCCCUCCUUCCACUGCUGACAGCACUCAGCGCUCACAGUGGCAGACUCGUGACGCCCACGCUCGCUUUGCCAUUCGCAACUCCCUGCCGCUAGAUGAGCGCGAGCACUUUGGCCAGCACAAAACUGCUAAGGACCUGUACACUGCUGUCGUCGCUCGUUACUCCUCACCUGCUUCUGCCGCACUAGGCCGCCUCUCACUCCCCUACCUGUUCCCCGACCUGGCCUCCUUUCACACAGUUGCUGACCUCAUCACCCACCUCAAGACUAGGGUGUUCCCCUUCCCCCCUUCUCCCCUCUGUCGCCUCUGCUGCUGCUGUCGACCUCCUUGGUGCCGAGCGGACGCCGCAGGAACAAAGGGGGCAGGGGUGGAGGUGGCGGCGGGGGAGGCGGGGGUGGAGGCGGUGGGAGUGGAGGAGGGGCUGGAGAGGCUAGUGGCGGCAGUGGGGGUGGUGACGGCAGCGGCGGGGGCGGUGGCAGGGGCGGGGGCGGCAGCGGGGGCGGAGGUGGUCGUGGCAGCGGCAGAGGAGGAGGUGGUCGAGGAGGUGGCGGCGGCGGUGGUGGUCGUGGAGGAGCUGGCGGUGGUCUGA